AUGGCGAUGAAGAUUGUAUUGCUGGUGGCUAUUAUUGUAGCAUUAGUGGGCGCCAUCAAUGGCAGGACUAUGCCAGUGCAGGGGAGCGCGACUGACAUGGAGGCGGCGUUUUUCCGUCCCCACUUCCGCCCUUAUCCCGGCUUCUUCGGUGGAUAUAGAGGCGGCGGCUUCGGCGCAGGAUUUGGCAGCGGCGGACUUGGUGGAGGAUUUGCUGGCGGCGAUGACUCAAGUGGUGGAACUGGUGGCAUUGGAAGCAGUAAACGUGGAGGGGAUGGAGGCAGCGGCGGCGGCGGCGGUGACGAUAUUGGUGCACCUGGUGACUUGGUUGAAACUCCGUGA